AUGCACCAAACAGAGGUUGCACUCCGCGAUCCUGAGUUGAAUGACGGCAAGAUCAGAGAUGCAGCUUUGGAAGGCUUUGACAGUUAUGAGGAGGACGAUGUAAAGGAGGAUGUCGAAAAAGUUGAACAGAAAGAGCUGAUCGGAGAUGCCGACCUCUUGACACCUACUCAAUGCGAUUCAUUGUACAACUUGGAAGAAGCCGGCAAAUAUGCCGUAUUGAAGAUCAAACGGGUCAGUCUGAGCUUCAGCGGAGCCUCUGUCUUCUUUCUGACUCCUCUGCGAGACGGUCGUCCAAUGCCUGCGUCAGUAUUGAAAUUCGACUCCAAAGAGUGUGUCGAAGAUGAGAUGGCAAAGACGGAAAAGUACAGGACGCUUUUCGGCUCAACGACUCCGAAGGUGAAGGACUACUUCUUGGUCGACUCGAAGGAUCCGUCGUCCGUGAUGCAGAUUGACCUUUGUGGCGGUGUUUUUGGUCUCCCUGAGUUUGCCAAAGCACCACCUGUGCACACUUUUGCUUCCGUUUUGGAAGCCGAGCUGAAAGAGGUCACCCUGAACGUGGACGUCGUUCCAAUCAUCAACGAGGCGCUGGAGAGGCGUAUGUACCACUUCACGAUGUCUGAGCGCAAAAUCAGUUCGCUGUCAUUGGCAGACUCCUACAAGAUCGUACGCUUCGUGGGGCACGGAAUCCUUAAUCGUGCCAAGGAGGGAGCAAAGCGUGCAGCGAAGUCCGCGGCUUUGGCGGCUGGAUUCCAGAAUCCUGUUGAGAUAGACGACUUGGACCCAGAUGGCAAGAUCAUCCAAGAGCUUUGUGGCAGGAAGCAGACGGUGCGUGAUCUCUUUCAGAACUUCUCAAACAUGGAAGCCAAGCUUUCAGAGCACUUCAAGAGAGAAGUUGUCGUUGGCCUAUGUCACAAUGAUCUGCACGGUGGAAAUCUUCUCGUGGACUCACAGGGCCUGGUGUGGCUGAUCGACUUUGCCACAGUGGAAGCGGGCAAGCACGUGCUAAUGGACCUGUCAAAGUUCCUUUCAGCAUGUGCCUUUAUGUACUUGCAAGACUCCGUCAACGAAGAGCAUGUCCAAUCCAUUGCCAAAAUCCUGUGCAUGACACCCGAUGCCACAACAGACUUGCCCGUCGCUCUCAUGGAUGCGGUCAGGGAAGACCCUGUAGCAAAGCUGUUCUUUCAAAUACUCGUGAGAAUUCGUCACUCCAUGUGCUUGUUCGAAAGCGGUCCUGGCUCGCCGAGAAACGACUCUUGGAGGCAAAAGUUGUCAAAGACUCAGAGACUUUGA